AUGGUUGAUGCUCGACUCAUCCAGUCGACAGCGUCCGACCCAACAGACAGGUUUUGCGGUCUGGAACCAGCGCCUCAAGAGUUCCAUAAACGAUGUAUCCUCCUCCAGGAUUACAUGGAUAAGUUUUUUGUAGCAACUAGCAUCUCACAACGAGGCACCUUAGCGAAUAUUCGAGAGAAGUACGGCCACAGGAACGUCAAAAAGAAGGUCAAUGACUGUGUCAACCACGUCGUAGACAUGCUGCGGAUGGUAACUUGGGGGAUGGUCUGCCUGGCUGCAAUGAAGGUUACUGGUUUGAGUGACAGAGAGGCAAUACCAGAGGGAUGCCCCACAAAGGAAUCCCCCACACAGGAGAGAGCCGAAUUUAUCUCCAAAAUUGCUGAGAAGAUUCUCGAUGAGAUCUGGCCGGGUAUAGAUCAAGCCAACAUCAAUAGAUGCGCAGCAGAUGCAAGUCCCUCAGGGCCAAUGAUCGAGGAAGACGGAGAUGACGAAAGUGACUUCUGCAUCUGUAACCCCGAAGACGAAAUAGAAGACACGUGCAUCGAAUGCAGUGCUAGAGCGAAAUGUAGUAGGAAAAGAUGGUAUCAUCUCGUCUGCUUAAACAUAGAUACCGAUGAGAUAGACUUCGAUGAUGACUGGUGGUGCAGCGAUGAUUGUAAGGCACAUAGUGUUUUCUGCAUAUGUAAACGUGUUAUCGAUGGUGCCGUUUAUGUGGAAUGUUCCAGUCGAGAAAUGUGCAUCGGUGAAAAGUGGUAUCAUCUGGACUGUGUCGGUCUUAACGAAGUGCCUGAAGGCGAAUGGUUUUGUUCUGCACAAUGUCAGAUUGGAAGUCAGAACAAGCCGCAAUCCAAGAGUGCAGAUGACUAUUUGCAGGAGUACAGUAGAGCUCUUGCGUGGGAAGGGCUCUUACAGCUCUGUCACAUCGAUGCAGAAAGGGAAAACGAUGGACCCCAGCUUCUCCGUUUGUGGCGUAUUUCGGUGCCGUACUUUUGGUCUGGGAGACAUCAUAAGUACCUCAUUCUGGCACACAGGCUUCUAGCAGGUGUAAAUGGUUGGCUUUCUCCCCGAUUAGCGCACGACUUGACAUGGAAUCGAACUGCAAACUUACGGGGAGCUCCUGGAAAGAACAUUGCACUGGACCUCUUGAAUGAGUUUGAGAACAACGAAUUUAAGAAAAUUCGACCCUCGGUCGUUGUCGGUAGGGCUGCCACCUGCUGA